GUCGAGGACUGUUUCGAUCGCAUUGUCUUGGAUGUACAGUGAGUCUAAUCUAAACUUCGAAGAAAAUUCAAUAGUCAUAUCCAAACUAUAGAACAUAAUUAAAAAGCUCUUGCUCUAAAUAGGCUCGUACUCUGGGCUGAAACGUAGCAACUAAAAAUUUUUAGCAAUAAGUGUUUUCUACACAGGAUUGCACCUCCUUCACUAUGCAAAGAAAAGAUUUUAAAAAUGAGCAAAGAAUCAUAUGUUAUAAAAGCUAGAGGUUUGCCAUGGUCAGCUACUGCAGCUGAAGUUAUUGAAUUUUUUUCAGAUGUAAAUACUCUAAAUGGAGAAGCAAGCGUACACUUUACCAACACAAAAGAAGGCAGACCUUCUGGUGAAUGUUUUGUAGAAGUUUGCUCUCGAGAAGAUGUGGAAAGAGCACUUGCACAUGAUCAAGAUCAUAUGGGAAAACGUUAUAUAGAAGUAAAAGAAGCAAAGCAAUCAGAAAUGGAAUGGGUUGUUAAUCGUAUGGAUAACAGUCGAUCUGAAGCUAUUGUAAGGCUGCGAGGAUUACCUUUUGAUUGCACCAAACAUGAUAUUGCUGAAUUUUUUUCAGGGUUGGAUAUCUCUCCGUACGGGAUUACGAUAACUAUGAACCAAGAUGGAAGGGCCUCAGGGGAUGCUUACGUAGAAUUUGUUACACAACAAGAUGCCGAAAAUGCUCUUCUUAAACAUAAAGAAAAAAUUGGGCACAGAUACAUCGAGAUAUUUCAAAGUUCAAAAGAUGACAUAAAAUAUGUUGUGGGUACUCGUUCUGAUGAUCAUAGACCAUCUUUAAUGAGUAUCAGGCCUGGACCUUAUGAUAGACCUCAGAAUUUUAAUGGACCAAGGCGUGGUCGUGGUGGAGUACAGCUAGGACCAAGUGGUUUUAAUACUGCUCCAUCUUACAGUGGUGAUUUUGGAAGAAAUAGGUCAAUGAAUAGAGGGGGUCGAAGUGGUGGAAUGGGAAUGAGCAAAACUCCAACUGUGCAAAGUAGCAAAACUGGUCAUAGUGUUCACAUGCGUGGUCUGCCUUUUGAAGCUUCAGUUAGUGAUAUUGUUACAUUUUUUUCACCUUUGAAUCCUGUUGAUGUGCGUUUAAUGUUUGAGCCUAAUGGAAGACCUAAAGGUGAAUGUGAUGUAGAUUUUGCAACUCAUAGUGAUGCUGAGUCUGCUAUGCUAAAAGACAAGCAAAAUAUGGGUCACCGUUACAUAGAAUUAUUUUUAAAGUCGUCACCUAAUGCGAGUGGAUGGAGGUCUGAAAGUGUACACCCUCGAAACAUAUCUAGCGGACCAAUGCUCAAUCCACGUCGUGGAAAUAUGGGAUGUGAUGUAGAUGGCGGUGGUUAUGAUAACGGAGACAGUUAUGGAACUGGAGGUGGUGGUUAUGGGGGAGGGUAUGGUAAUUCAGGUCCAAGAUAUGGAAACAGUUACAAUAAUGGUCCUUCAGGAUAUAAUUCUCGUGAUGUUAGUUAUCCAAUGCAGAAUCACAACAUUGAAGACAAUUUCUACGGUAACUAAAGUACAUAAAGACUAGUUGUUUAUUUUUUAUGUCACUGUGGUCAACGUUUAGAAUGUAAUCAAUUCAUUUGAAGAGAUCAAAGACCUUUCAUCUGCUAGUAAAAACGAAAUUAACUUGAUAUUAAAAUUAGGCAUGUUUUAUGGUCUUUCUUUUGAUUCGUGGUUGAUUACACAGAAAGUAGAUGCCGGCAUAAACUUAUGUUGGAAUGUAAAUAAGUUUUAAUAAAGAAAAGUUUUGCUUUCUUGUGUU